GCGUGCCCCGCGCUGCGCGGGUCCGCAGGACGUGGGGGCAACGAGUGGCAGCGGCGUUUGGUGACGUCAUUUCCGCUCCGGAGACAGGCCGGGCGCCGAGCUAUCUGUCUCUCCGGGAAACCGCAGCCCGCGAGCUUGCCGGGGAGCACAGCAUCGAGAGUCCACGUAGUAGCUGGUCCGCUCAAAGCCGGGCGUGUUACGGACACGCCGCCGAGGCGCGAGGACUGCUCGCGGGGACCCCGUUCCCCCCUCCUUCCCCCUUCUCUUGAGUUAGCCCCGCGUGUAGUCGUGCGAGCGGCAAGGGUCGACCCCGAGAGCGCCGACGAAGAGCUUAAGAACCGCGGCGACGGCUCUCGCCCCCGCCCCCGGGGCAGUUAGGGCAAUUACAGCUCAUCGCGGACCUCUUCUAGCUCAUCCAGCGACACCCCGGGUGAGGGUGACGCCGGUGUCUGUUUGUCUGUGUGUCUGUCUGCGCUGUGCCCGAGAGCGCCAGUGUGGGACGCCCGGCGCAACUGGAGCAACAGAUAGCAGCCAGCGAGUCGGCCAUUGUCUCGUCGUCUUGUGGCGGGAAGAUCCAGAAGGACCAGCUUCCUGAGCGAGCACCUCCUUCCUGCCCAGGACAGCGAGAAAAGCGUGUCUUGCGGUUCCUCCCUGCGCGUCGUGCGGUUCUGCGCGUUGUGGAUGUGCGCCUCCCAGACUCCGUUCCUUUUUCUUGGCCAGUGUAUCUUCGGCUAAGCCCGUUGAGUGGCAGGAACGCAAGACCAGUAGUGAGCAGGAUUAGGAUGUGCCUCGUGCAUCAAGCGUGAUGUUCUCUCCGGGCGUUGUCCUGAUACUUUUGGGUGCCUACGUCACGGGUGCGAGAUGCACCACUAUCGGCUGCACGGAGACUGCUGAAGAUUUCAUUCGUAAUACUUGUGGAUACGAACAAGUCUGCACUGUGCACUGCUUGUCGUCAUGUCUUACCAGGGACGACGCACAUGUUUAUGGAACAGUUUUCUACUCAACGAGGUCAUCCUUGUGCAAGAGCGCACUCCAUGACUUGCGAAUAUCGGCCUGGAACACUUCGGCGCUGACCGCAUCCUUCACAGUAUACAGAAAGGAGCGCCAGGACUUCGCAGCUUCGACGCGAUAUGGGGUUACUUCCGAAAGCUACUUCUCGAACUCCGAGUAUUUCAACUUCUCAUCUCCUCGACUCAAAGAGGACGUACUGGACAUCACGGCACUCCAUAGAAAUUUUAUCUAUGACGAGAAAAGCAUGUCGGCACUGGAGUGCCAUGGGCCAGAGGGUCGGGCCAUAUAUUUUGACUAUGCUAUCAAAGAAAUUCCUUUCAAAAACUUGACUCUUCGACCCGAGCCUCAGAAAGGUGUUUAUAGAUUGACGUUUCCGAAAAAUUCCUACGCCCAUUCAAGAACAAAUGUGUUUUGGUGCCAAGUGGAAAGCACAACUCUCUCUUACGUUGGUUCUCCGGCUAUGUAUUACGACAGACCAGGACCACAUUUUCUGCCCUUGAACUACACAGUAACGGCAAGCCUCAACGAAAUGGUGAACCUCCAAGUACAGCCGGGACCUGGUGACGACCAAGAUGCUCGCGUGUCCUCCUGGAAUAGGGUGAACGCAGUGGGAAACGCCACUGACAAACUUUCGAGCACCCGCGCAGCGUCUUCCUCCUGGCAGGUGCAGAGAGCCGGCUUACAGCACAAUGGAGUGUACGUGGCGAGCGGCAUGAAUACCAGAUCACCCGGCAAAAACAGAGCAGUCUUCAGAGUCAUCGUGCGCACUUGCUCCCACGGAACCUACGGUCCCGAAUGCAAUUUCGUGUGCCCGCCAUGCCAAAAUGGCGGCGUAUGUCACGACAUCAGCGGCCAGUGCAUCUGCCCACCUGGAUUCAGAGGACAGGUUUGCGAUGCAACCUGUGGUGACGACUAUUUCGGCCAAACCUGCGCACGUCGUUGUUCAGACACAAAUCGUGACAAGAAGGACACGACGUGCAGAGGUAUACUGAUAUGCCUUCCGGACCCUUACGGCUGCUCCUGUGGGACAGGCUACUAUGGCCCCUUCUGCAACCAAACGUGUCCCCCACAUCAAUACGGAGCAGACUGCAAGCAACGGCGCAUCUGCUUCUGCCAGACGAAGGAGUACUGCGACAUCUACACGGGCACAUGUCUCCAGGACCGCGGCAAGUGUCGCCAGGGCUGGAAAAAUUCGCCUUACUGCGACCAAAGCUAUCCUCUUCUGACUGAUGGACCUGCUGUAAGCGCUGUAACGGACAAAGAAGCAAGGGUGCAGUUCAGUGCUUGGCGCCGCGGUGUAGAUGCGGGUGAGGGCAAACCACUGGAGUAUCGGGUUCAGUAUAAGGCCGAGAACGAAACAUGGAGCAUCAAGACCAUGAAGGCGGUGGACAAACAGACGACGUAUGCCACAGUGGUGAAAGGACUGCGCAGUGGCACCUUCUAUGAUCUCCGUGUCCUGGUCAUCGAUCAAGACAAAAACUUCAGGGAAUAUGGCGCAAACGUCACCCGCUUCCGAACCGCUUGCGGAGAACCCAAGCUACCUCCCCAGAACGUGGUGAUAGACAACAGCAGCACAAGUCAAAUCAUCGUCAGAUGGACGAACCCUACCAAGGAGUCCUGGCAGUGCUGGAGUGUGAAUGCAGUACUAGAAGUGAACGGAACACCGUUGGAAUUCAACCUGACCGAGUCUAGUACGACACCCGGAAACGUGUACAGUAUUCCGGUGACUCCGUACACUGCUGUGGCAAUACGACUGCGGCUGAGAACCCCUGACAACAAAAACAGCUCGUGGACCAAGAUACGGAGAGUGACGUCAGCGGAGGAUGCUCCCAGCGUGGUCCCAUACGUGAAGCUGCUCCGAAGUGGCUCUCGCUACGUGGAGCUUUCCUGGGGCCCGCCGCAAGAGGAAAACGGCGUCCUUCGAAAUUACCGCGUCGUGUACACGCCACUGGCUCGGCGGAUACAGGCCUGCAAGCAGCUAAUACAGCGAGACACGGAGGUGAUGGUGCCGCCGAGACACCACAGCGUGAACCUGACGGGACUGCGCCCGUACACCAAGUACCGAUUCUCCGUGGCUGCCCUGACCAUAAAGUACGGUCCGGAAAUGAACGCCACGUUCGACACGGAACAAGCGAUUCCCGAGGGAGCUCCGACUCAGGUGCAGCACACGAGGUAUACAAGGAGCACCGACACCCUGACGUGGGGCGAUGUUCCCUGUGAACAACGCCACGGACCCAUCGUUUCCUACUACCUCGAAAUGGACAGCGUUGACCCCUGGGAGACCGAACUGAGAAGUUUGACUGUCACUCGUCCAUCGGCCAGUUUCCGAGACCUGGUGUCGUACACCCGCUACAGAGCGAAGGUAUACGCCGAGAAUGGCGCGGGUAGAUCACCCUUGUUCGCGUCUCUGAACUUCACCACGCCAUCCUCUCCUCCACCAGCUCCCGAAACCCUCGAGUACGACCAGCCGUCUCAAGACAGCGUAUCGCUCAUGUGGAAGGCUCCCUAUCCCCCUGCCGGCACGUUGGAGCACUACCAGCUCAAGUACUGGAACGUCAGGAACCGACACGAUAUUACGGAGACCGUCAUCGCCCACACGCAGUGCUUCACGAGAAAUCGGGAACCGCGACACUGCUUCACCGUCCGGGAGCUAGCGCCGGACGUGGUGUACCACUUCUCGGUACGCGCCAAGAACAUUGGUACGGAAUAUUCACCAUACUCCGAAGAAGUGGAAGUAGAGACAAGAGAAAUGGCACCAGAGCCUCCGGCUAGCAUUCGGUCAUCGGAACAGACUGAGGACAGUCUCAAGAUCCAAUGGGAUCCGCCUGUCCGCAAGAACGGCGUCCUUAGAGGUUACAAGUUGAACUCAUCUCUAUCGCACACAUUCAAUGCAAUGCUGGCCAAGUCGUGGUACCCCAAGUCGGUCUUGCUGAAUAGCUCGGACUCGCCCGAGUUUUACCUGCGAGGUCUGUUCCCGGGGUCCACGUACCUGGUCUGUGUUCAGGCGAGAACCAGUGCUGGAUUCGGAAAUGCAAUUUGCGACAACUUCAGCACAAAAGCUUCGACGCCUGAAGUUCAGGUAGAGCCCAGGGUUGGUGCGAUCGUCAACAACACAGUUAGCAUCAUGCUCUACCCGGUGCACUUCAUGAAAGGACCCAUCACGGGUUACUACCUAGUCGUACUUCGCGAAGGUGAAGCCAUCCCUCGCCCCGUGAAACUGGUCAACUACAGCACCGCGCAAGACAUGAGCCUUGGCUACUACGUGGCCGCCCACCUGACGCCCGACCAAUUGAAAGAAGCGGUGGACUUCGUCGUCGGCGCUGGCAGUGUCAUCGGUGGCUUUGAAAAUCCACCGCUGACUGAUGCCACGCCGUAUCGCUUUGGACUGCUUGCCGAGAGUAACUUUUCUGGGGAAGUACUAUACGGCUACAGUCUUACAGCACCCGUCAUUGUGAAUGGUGGUAGCAGUGCUGCUGGUGCUGGCGUCGUCAUCGGAGCCAUCCUUGUGCUCCUCAUCCUCGUAAUUGCAGCAAUCGCAUUGACGUUUUACUAUCUUCGGAAGCGCCAAGCUGUUGCUUACCGCUCCAAGAGCCCCACUAAGCGCAGCAUCAAGGAGCGCCUCUCCAGACUUUCCAAGUUGGACGAGAACAGCAUGUCGGAGUCGCGCAUGACGCUGAACAUGGAGAGCAGCGAUUCGGUCAACAUGGCAGUCAUGGCCAACGGGGGGCUUCCGUCGAAGCCGGUGCCCGUGAAGCGGCUCCAGGAGCACGUCAUUCAAGGUCAAGGAAAUGGCACGCUCAAAGAAGAGUACAUGACCACGCCAAAGGGACAACUUCAUCCGUGGGAUGUCGCGAAAAAGGCUGAAAACAAAUCCAAGAAUCGCUACGGAAAUAUUCUCCCAUAUGACCACUCGAGAGUGAAACUGGCCCCAUUGCCAGAUUUUGAAAAUGCGGAUUACAUCAACGCAAGUUAUGUACCGGGUUACAGGUGCGCCCGCAAAUAUAUUGCGACGCAAGGUCCUAAGCAGACGACCCUCACAGAUUUUUGGAGGAUGGUGUGGCAAGAAGGCUGUUGCAAAGUGAUAAUGCUUACCAACCUAAAAGAGCAAGAAAAGACAAAGUGUGAACAAUACUGGCCAGAGACUUCACAGAAGUACGGUAAAUUCGUGGUCACCUUGAUGAAGACUGACACUCAGGUCGACUUUGUUGUCCGGGAAUUUGAAGUCUCACUCGAAAACAAGCCCAGGACUAUUGUCCAAUUUCACUUCACCACGUGGCCAGAUCAUGGCGUACCUCUCUAUCCGGAUGCCUUGUUGCCCUUUCUCAGGCGUAUAUGGGACUUCCAACCACACGACGACCAUCCAAUCAUUGUUCAUUGCAGCGGUGGCAUUGGCCGCACGGGAACGCUCAUCUUGGUAGACAGCAUGCUGUCGCAAGCAGAAGCAGAAGGUGAAGUCAAUUUGGUGGCCCACCUGCAUGCGAUGCGCCAGUGCAGGGUCAACCUUGUUGAGUCCCUGGAGCAGUACAUUUUCGCGUAUAUGGCUCUGGUGGAGAUACUGUGCUCGAAGAAUCACAAGCUCUCUGUGAAGGAGUUCGUGACACUGUACCAGAAACUGAAAGCCAAAAGCUCAGCAACAGGAAAGAGUGCUAUAGAGCUUGAGUACGAGGAACUAAACCGUAUAUGUCCUCUUGCGGCCCCGGAUGAGUACCAGAGUGCACGGAACGGAAAAAAUGCUGCCAAAAAUCGGUCAUCUAAACUUUUGGCAUGUGACAGCAGGAGGCCAUUCUUGAGUGUCACAGCUGACGGAUCGAAGACUGACUACAUAAAUGCCGUCUACGUGGAUGGUUUCAAGAGGCGAAAAGCGUACCUUGUGACACAACUGCCUUUGCCAGAAACAAUCGAUGACUUCUGGGAAAUGCUGGCAGGUAGUGGCUCUGUCACGCUGGUCACGCUUGGUCCUCUCCAAGAUGAGACGACACCACAGUUCUGGCCAAGUCUGAAGACAACCGUGAAGUACGGGAAAACUGUGGUGGAGCAGACAGACACUCAGGAUUUCCGAGGCCUUCUGGUUCGGACAUUCAAGGUCAUCCAUGGUUCGCGACCGGCGCGCAUCAUGAAGCAGUUCCACUCACAGUCGUGGAACAGGAACAGCACUGUGCCGAGUUCUUGCGACGUGGUACUGGAGAUACUGCAGCACGUCGACCGGUGGCAGAUGCAAGCCGAAGGAAGAACAGUCGUGGUGCAGUGCCUGGAUGGCUGCCAGGAAAGCGGCCUAUACUGUGUGUCGGCAGCGAUAUGCGAUCAGCUCAAGCUGGAACAGGAACUCGACGUGUUCCGAUCAGUGCGCAAUGUGCGCAGUAGCCGUCCCGAAUUAAUCGUCGACUCGGAGCAAUACGCCUUUUGCUACGACUUGGCUCUCAGCUUCUUGGAUACGUUCGACACCUACUCCAACUUUCAGUGAACUCGUGGUGCAUAUCUUAUUUAUGGAGGCCGUUUUCUACUGACUGCAAGAUAUUCAACAGAAUGAAAGAAAAGAGCAGUUUCGAAGUAAAAUGACGUAAUUUUUACCCGGA